AUGAGAUCUAAACGCAAUGCUAGGUUUAUUACUAAUGACAAUUCAAAAGAUAAUAUUAUAGAUAGCAACAGAAAGCCUUCGCCUCCAAAAAUUUAUAUGAAUGCAUCUAACACAAAUCAAUUAAUAUCUGACAGUGUAUUUUAAAGGAAAGGAUUAAGUAUUCCAAAGGACUGUCUUGGAUUAGGAAAUAACUUUCAAUGUAAUAAAUUUAUAUAAUGUUAGAAAAGCUAUCUCUUCCUAAAAAAUAAACACCACGAAUGUUGAGUAAAAGUGGAAGAAGCAAUUAUGAUCAGGAGGUAUAUAAAUAGAUGAUAAUUAGUUAAGAGUCCUAAUUUAAUUAUAUAACCAAAGCAAGAACAAGGUAUGGAAAUAGAAUGUCUGUCUCCAAUAUAAUAAUAUACAGAUAUUAAACUUCCAUUUUUUAGUUCUCAGACAGCAUCUAAAAAAGAACAGACAACAAGAAGAGUUAUAAAGGAUGCUUCACUCAAUAAUAGCUAAUUUACUUAAAGAGAAUCACAAAUGAAAUCAUCAGAUAAAUCAAAAAUUAAUAAAAUUAGAAAAACUAAUUAUCAUUAACAAUAGGAAAUCAAUCCUCAAUACCAGGUAUAUGAGUUUAAUCAAGAACUCAAAGCUCUAAGAGUAAAAAGAACAGAAUCAUUUGAAUGGUUAUAAGAAGAUUCAUAAGGUUUAGAGGAAUCUUCUUUUAAUUAAUUCAAGCAAAUAAACUUAGGAACUUAUUAUAUGGAUAAUUUAAGGAAGUAUCUCAAAGGAUUAAAUUUAGAAGGAUUAUAUGCUCAAUUAUAUAUUAAUCAUUUUGUUCAACAGUUUCACAGUUUAUAAUUAAGUAAACAAUUUCUUUAACCUGAUAUUAAGGAAAUAGAGCAUCGUUGCAUAUAAUUAUAAUAAAUUAGUAAUUUAUAUAAUGAUUAAUUAGAAAAGCAAAAAACCUUGGUUCUUGAUUUAGAUGAAACAUUAAUACAUUGUAAUGAAUAACCAUAAAUGAAAUUUGAUUUUAAGGUUCCUAUCUAAAUGCCAAAUGGACAGAUUCAUGAAGUAUAUUAAACUAUAUUAAAAAGGCAGGAAUUAGUGUGAGACCAUUUGCUCAGUAAUUUUUAUAAGAAUGUUCAAAGCAUUUCGAAGUUAUGAUUUUCACAGCUUCUCACCCUUUAUAUGCUGACAAGAUUAUUGAUAAAUUAGAUCCAACAAAAAAAUGGGUCACUUGUAGAUUAUAUAGAGAACAUUGUAUAUAAACAUAAUAGGGUAUCUAUGUAAAAGAUUUGAGAAUUUUGAAUAGAAAUCUCAAAGAUGUUGUAUUGAUUGAUAAUGCUGCUUAUUCUUAUGCUUACUAAAUUGAUAAUGGUAUUCCAAUUAUACCUUAUAUUGAUAAUGCAAAGGACAAUGUAUAAAUUAUUUAUAUAAAAUAUAUAGGAGUUAAUUGGUGUAAUUGAUUAUCUAAAAGUCUUAUUAUAAAUUGAAGAUGCAAGAGAGAUAAAUGCUAAAACAUUUUUCUUAAAGUAAAUCUAACAAUGUCAAAGUCUUGAUGAAGCUAUGAAACUUCUGUUAGUGAUAUGA